UUUGACAAGCGCCCUCUCAUGCGUUUGCCCAUAUGUUCCUCACUUCCUCGUGCACGCGCCGGUCUAGAUGUAGUUUAAAUGACUCGUGUGUUUUAUUGCACUGGCUGCAUACUGUCAUUCAUCUCCACAGCCACUUGUGUAAUCAGUGGAUCGCUCGCUGUGAGUGCGUUCAGCACUAAGGUGAGAAAGCAGAGGGAGGAGUUUAAACUUGCCAGAGGCUUUGGAAGCUGAAUGACUGUCAUCUCUCUCUCGGGUUUAUAUGUGGACGCGCGCGCUGAUUUCUCCUGCUCCACAGCAGAUCUUUUGCGCUCGGAGGUGUCGUUCAGGAGCACCGGCUCUCUCUUCUACCGGACCGGACACCCGUGAGCAUGGCAGACACCUACUAGAGUCAUCACGGAGAGAUACGCGUUUAUACCGACUAUGGCUGUAGACGCUGCGUCCAGCUUCAGCUUCUGCCGGGCUGCGCUGGAGCACACAGUCUCAGCAGAGCAGCUGAACUAUCAGCUGCCACGCAAGGCCGGGGGCAACCUCACCUGGCAUGAAGGACGCGGGCAGAGGGUGACGAGGAGGACUGUCAAACUGCUACAGCAGCCCGGCACAGAAGGAAUACAGAUCCAGCCAGGAGAGGCCUUCACUGUGUACCACACCAGCCCAACACUCUCCAGCUUAUGCAAACCAGUGGUGCUUUGGACCCAGCAGGACGUGUGUAAGUGGCUGAAGAAACACUGUCCCCACAACUACCUGACCUACGUGGAGGCCUUCUCUCACCAUGCCAUCACAGGUCGUGCCCUGUUGCGGUUGAAUGGAGAAAAGCUGGAGAGGAUGGGUAUAAUCCAAGAGACACUGAGACAGGAAGUCCUGCAGCAGGUCCUACAGCUACAGGUCAGAGAGGAAGUGCGCAACCUACAGCUGCUCAGCAGAGCUUCCUUCGGCAACAUUUCUUAGCUCACUAUCCUUUUGGCAGCUCUCUCGUCUUCCCGGCAGAUACAAGAGGCCUGGUUCCUGCUACAGACUGUCAGAGAGAGAGAGAGAGAGAGAGAGAGAGAGAGAGAAUCUGCCUGGCGGUGGAGCUGUGGAGGAGACUGUUAACUCCUCACCAAUUUAACAGACAGGACCAUCUUUUUAUGCAAAACUGGAUGGGGUUUCAAAGAUUCAAAAGGACAAAGUCUGACACUAAAACUGUAAUAUAGUGAUAAGAUCUCACCUCAAGUCUCAUCUCUACAAAACCUAGAGCACCAAGCAGAGCUCUGUCAGACAAGAGUAAGGAUAUGGAUUGGAUCAAGACCUCUCAAGAAGUUAAUCUCAGAUCCAAAUCUGAACUUGAACAGUGAUCUCAGAUCAUGUUAAAGAAGCAAACCUCUUGAUUCCCUGAGGUUUAAAGUGUUCAGAUGUCUGACAACCCAGCUCUUUUGACCCAGCAUCACUCGCUCAAAAUGGACGUAGAUGCAGUGCUGAAUAAAUCCUGUUUCUACAAGUGUGGGAACAGACAAUUCCUCCUCCUACCUCUCACGAUAGAUUGUAUCAUUCCAUUUGCAGAUGUAAGAAAGAGAAAUAGAUGUAGAAUAGGGCAUGAAGUUUGAUUAUCCAACAUUUUCCCAUUCCGGACUUCUACACAACAGGCUAAAGGGACGGUCACACUGACAAAAACAACGACUACAUGAUCUGAAACUCGAUAUUAAUGACAGUUUGUUUAAAAAUGAACAUUGAAUGUUAAUUAUAUCAGAUGUGCACACUUAAAAACCAACCAUCAUUUUUUUUUUUUUUUCCUUCUCAGGAUGUUCAUCAGGAUGUGCUUCCUAUGUUGUUCCUGCUGUUACCUUCAUGAAUGCACUAAGUUAUAUUUUUUAUUUCAGUGUCAUUUUGAAAUCUUGCACACAAUGUAGAUGUUCAGGUUUUCUCUAAUAUACAAAUAAUCAGAAUAUGAAUAUACCUUUACUCUAGGAGUUACAGUAUAUGUCUAGAUUAUUGUCACUUGUAGAAGUCCCAGUUGUCCUCGUUUACAAAGCAAUAAUGUAAAGCGCUGCCACAUGUCUGCAUGGCUAGACCUGUUAGAGACUGUUUUUAAAGCAGCUACCUUACAAUCGCAAUCUUUAGGUCCGUAAUCAAACGCUUCUAGAUUCUAGCUCAAUUUGGUGUUGCGUUCCAAGAUGACGCAAUUCGUAUAACACUGCAAGUGUAGUCACUUUUCUUUUUCAGGUGGACUAUUGUGAUGGUGAAGCAGUAGAUUGAAGAGAACACCAAAUAGUUGUUGGGUUUCAUUCGAUCAGUGUGUUUAAUCCAUGUUGGUGUUUGUUGGGUCAGUAUGAACAUUGCAGUUGUGUUUCCCAACAUACUAAAUUCAAAAGCCAACUUUAAAUGUUUGUAAUUGUGCUGGCUGUGUGAACUAGCCUUUUGAGUAAUGAGGUUUGUUAUCACCAAGAACGCAAGAAGGCAUGUUAAGUAUUUACAAUAUUUCCUCUAGUAUGAUAAAGGACCUUUUGUGGAGAGAAUGUACUGGAAUUCAUUCCAUUUUGUGAUAUUGCCAUUAGUGCUAAUGAAUCCUGAACGCUCCAACACUUAACUUCACUGUGAUGCAGUAGCAUGUUUGUUUAGGAUGCUCGAAUGACUGUGUUUAGAGAACAGGGCCUGAGUUACAGUAAAAUCUCAUUUUCACAAAGCAGUUACAAUCUCAAGAUUUAUUGUUUGAUGUUCAUGACACCAGUCAUUAUUCAGUGCUUUUGCACAAUGUUCUCAAACCUGACGGAAAUCUGGCCACGUGACACAAACCAAUUCUGUCCAUCCAGAUUAAAAGUGUUUAUGUGGGAGUGACAGGGUGGAAUUCUCUGAGAAUUAAAGAUGGUUUUCCAGAGUGUUUUUGCUGAUUCCUGCGUCCUGACACACUAGCAUUUUUUCUCUCCAGACAUGCAAUGGGUUUCUUUUAAAUCUCGUUAUGCAAAAAUGAGGGAAAUGAGUAUUGGUUAUGUAAUGACAUGCUAGAAACAUGAUUAUACAAGACAUGGUGUGGCAAAGACAGAUGUAUGUGUGUGUUUUGGAAUAAAGUUUUAAAAAUAAAGAUUUCUCAAAGUAUGUGAA